GAUGUACUGAUUAAUUGAUUUUAUAAUUAUAUAGCUUAGUUCGAAGUCUUCUUUUAUAACUCCAAUAUAUAUUUUUACUUAACGACCGAUCAUAGGAUUGACAUUGGGACUACUUGAGUCCUUCUAUGCUUGUAUAUAUUUCUGUUGUGAGACCAUCAAGAACAUAACCUCUUCAAAGAACGAAUCUACAGAUUUUCUUCUUUAUAUCAAUGGAGAUAAUUAAAGAUAAAAACUUAACAUGGUCAAUUCGUGAAAGUUGGUAAAUAUUAUUAAACAUGACUGUGGUUAAAAACAAUACAACCAAACAAUGAGUUAAACGUAUGCAUUUUACAUAGCUAUAUAGAACAUAGAAAAUUCUUAUAAAAUUAGUGGGAAUGGGCAAUUGCUUGUGUAAAGACACUCCAGAAGAUCUUGAAACGUAUAAUGAAAAUCAGAAUCGUACAGAAUCUGAAAAUACUAUAUUACCACAAGCAAAUGUAAGCAUGAGAGUACCUGAUGAUUCAACAUCAACAACUUUCAAGUUUCCAACGUCAACCGCCAUUGAUAUGCUUGUUCUUGAAACUCUUGGUGUUAUUGGCUCUCUAGUUGAUAAUGAACAAGAACCUCCACCUGCUAUGUCAAAAUUACAUACAAUUGCGGAUAAAGAAGAUGGUUGGAUACAAGUUGUCAGUUCUAUGAUAAAUGUUAUUCCAAUGCACAAUCCAUUAGGGCCUUCUGUUAUUACUCUAUUAUUAGAUGAUGCACCUUUGCCUUCAAAAGAUUCUGUUUUACGUUUAUCACAUAUGUUUCAAUUGUCUCAAAGAUUUGGAAAAAUACAAACCAGUGCAACACAACAGAGAAAUAUCUGUGUUGUUUUAGGCUGCAUUGCAGAAAAAUUAGCUGGUCCUAGUAGUAUAGCAAUAUUAUCUGAUGCUACGUUAGAUUAUCUUAUUUCAAAUCUUAGAAACGAUAUUGAACCUUAUGUGGUAUUAUAUUCUUUAAUUGCUUUAGAAAAAUUUGCCCAAACAAGUGAAAAUAAAGUAACGAUUAAGAAACGCCUUACAGCAGAAAAACAAAAUCCACUAUUAGAAUUGGAAAAAUGGGCUACGGAGUGUCACUAUGUAAAACGUCAAGUUGGUUUUUGUGCACAGUGGUGUCUGGAUAAUUUAUUUUUAAUGGAAGGUAGAAAGUAUUCUUAUGAUACCAUUGAUAUGACUGGCAUUAAUGUUAUGUUAAAUACAAGAGAUGUAAGUGAGUACCUGAAAAUAUCACCAAAUGGUUUGGAGGCCCGCUGUGAUGCAUAUUCAUUUGAAAGUGUAAGAUGUACGUAUCAAGUAGAUUCGGGAAUUUGGUAUUAUGAAACACUUAUAAUUACUACAGGAGUGAUGCAAAUUGGUUGGGCAACAAAAGAUAGUACUUUCUUAAAUCAUGAAGGUUAUGGUAUAGGAGACGAUCAAUUUUCAUUAGCUUGUGAUGGCUGUCGAAGACUGAUUUGGUAUAAUGCUAAAAGUGAGAAAUAUCAUGAUAGACCUUGCUGGAAGGCUGGAGAUAUUUUAGGCUGUUUAUUGGAUUUAAACAAACAAGAAAUAAUAUUUUCUAUAAAUGGAGUACCAUUGAAACCAUGUAAUCAAGUUUUCAAGACUGUGAAGUCUGGAUUUUUUGCAGCAGCUAGUUUUAUGUCAUUCCAACAAUGUCUUUUUAAUUUUGGAAAUGUACCUUUUAUGUAUCCUCCCACUGAUAGGGAAUAUCAAAAAUUUAAUGAUCAUGCUACGUUAAAUCCAGAAGACAAGGUUGUGCUGCCCAGACAUAUAUAUGUAGAUCGUUUGAGAAGACUUAGCGUUAUGGAAGAUUCAUGUACUUUAUGUUUCGAUCAGAAAGCUUCAAUAAGGUUACUACCAUGUAAUCAUAGAGGUUUUUGUCAAAUAUGUUCAAAACAAUUGGUUGAAUGUCCUAUGUGUAGAGCUACAAUUGAUGAAAUGGUUUUUGAUGGUAUAUGACACUUACCCAGCAAAGCCAUACUUGUUAACAAAAUAUUUAUAUUACAUUUGUUAUAUUAUUACUUCACACUGAGAUGUUAUCAAGAAAUAUUCAUGAAAAUAGAAGCUUAUCAACUUCUAUUAACGUACAAUAUCAUCUUUUGUUCCUAUUACGAACAUUGGUUUUAUUCAACAUUUCAAAUAAAUCAACGUACACAAUGUACACAUAUGCGUACGUACGAAACAGAUUAUGUGAAGUAGAGAAACGUUGCCAUGAUGGAAUAGAUAAAUAUAUAAAUCAAAUGCGAUGUGGGGUAAUGAAAAUAAUGGUCUGAACAAUUGAAUUUAAUGAAAUCUAAAACACAACAUGGAAUAUACAGUCGUGAUAUUAUAUGCAAUUCUCUAUAUGUAGCAUAGUAUUUUGAUAGAAGAGAAUUAUGGUUUUUAACCAUGAGAUAUUCCCCCCUUCUAUAAAAA